AUGGCGAUAAGAAAGUCGAACAAAGUGGCAGCGUCUCAAGCAGCAUCUAUAAAGAAAAUAUUGAAGAGAUGCUCAAGUCUUGGAAAGAAGAAUCAAGGUAAUUGCUACUUCAACGAUGUGCCAAAAGGUCACUUUCCGGUCUACGUUGGUCAACACCGGAGUCGCUAUGUGAUACCAAUCUCAUGGCUAGCUCAUCCUGAGUUUCAGACACUUCUCCAACUAGCCGAGGAAGAGUUCGGGUUCGAGCACGACAUGGGUCUCACUAUCCCUUGUGAUGAAGUCGUCUUUCGAUCUCUCAUCUCCAUGUUCAGAUAGAUAUCGAUCUCCAAAGAGACUGACUUAGCUCAAUGGGUCAUCUCUCAAGAUUAUGAUCCCCUUUAUGGUUCUUAAAGGUUUAAUCACAUUGUUACACUACUCUAGACUCUUGGAAGAUCGAAGCAUCAAAGUUAUUAUCAAGAAAACCAAGAAACAAGAAAUAAGGAUAUAUAUAUAUAUAUAUAUAUAUAUAUUAUUUAGGUUUUUUCUUUGCUAAGAAGACGGAAGCAAAUGGCGGGGAUCGCGUUAAGCAUCGACUCAAGAUUUGUGGCUAUAUUAAUAUAUCUAACAGUUUUUGAAUUAACCACUCUCCUGCGAUUUUUUCUUUUUAUUUUCUUCUUAUAUAUAUUUUCCCUGGCUUCUUUCUAUUUUAUUUUGAAUAUUUUGUAUAUUAGUUUGGGUGGGCGACU